AUGAACCCAAAACCAAGCCCAGUCCUGACAAGGUUUUCGCCUAAACCUACGCCUCACAUCAACCAAAAUCAACCAACACAAUACAAACAAAAAUACCAAAAAUCAAAUCAAGCAAAAAUCAACCAAAGUCAAGCCCAGUCCAAACAAGAUUUUCGCCUCACCCUACGCCUCAAGAUCAAGCAAAAUCAACCAACACAACGCCAAAAAUCAACCAAAGUCAAGCCCAGUCCUGACGAGGUUUUCGCCUCACCCUACGCUUCAGAUCAAGCAAAAUCAAGCAACCCAAUACCAAAAAAAUACCAAAAAUCAAGCAAAGUCAAGCCCAGCCCUGACGAGGUUUUCGCCUUCGCUUACGCUUCAGAUCAAGCAACACAAUAG